GUGCGACCGGUCCCGGAAAGAUGGGGCUGGCGCGGAGGAAGCCCGUCGGAGCGGCCGCGCUGCCUCUGCUCCUCUUGGCGGCUGCCAGAGUCCACCUGCUGGAGAUCCAGGCCGCUGCCCAAGUUCGCGCGUUUGUGGGCGAGCCGGUGACCCUGAAGUGCUGGUUCAAAUCCUCCGCUCCGGUCACAGAGAAGCUCACCGUCGACUGGACCUAUCGGCCUCUUGCAGGGGGCAACUUGGAGCCGGUCUUCCACUACCAGUCCAGUGCCUACCCAGCCAAGAGAGGCAGCUUCCGGGAUAGAGUUUCUUGGGCUGGUGAUGUGGCCAAGCAGGAUGCCUCAAUUAUGAUUUGGAACCCAACCCUGGAGGAUAACGGGACAUUCACCUGUUCUGUGAAGAACCCCCCUGAUGUGCAGCACAACAUUCCCCAAACCCUGCUCACAGUCACUCAGAGAGGUGCCUCCUUCCAGCUGACCUCAUCGGGACUGUUUUCCAUCCUGGUCUUUCUUCCCUCUGGCAUUGUGGUGAUUCUGCUGCUGGUCCGGAUGAAUCAGAAAUCUGGGCUGAUGAAAGCUAGGAGACAGCCUGGUUACAAGAAGUCUUCCAUUGAAGUCUCUGAAGAGACACCGAUGAGGAGGAACCGUACUGACACUGGCAGAGGGAGCAGGAGUCCCUUUUGCAGCGCCAUCACCGAGAUCCAGCUCAGGAAGUCUCCAAUGAAUGGCCAGAUUUCAUUCCAUUCUAGGAAUGAUCCUGAUUUGAUAUUUUCUCUUUUCUUGGCUUUCUCUUGCCCUGUGAAUAGGCUUUGAAGAGGGGGCAGUGGCAGCCAGGCUCUUGGGCUUCUGCUUCUGCUUCCUGAGCUUCUGGCUCGUGAAAUGUGAGUACAGCCCCAGUUCCUCUCUAGGAUCUUUCUGUCCUGAGAAACCACCCAUGUAGUUUGAGCUCACAACCAGAAGAGAAGGUGAAGAGGAUGGAGGCUAAUGUAGAGACACAGGAUAGAGCUCUUCAGUAAAUGUUGGCCACUUCAGUGUGGCCAUUGCUGGAUACAAGCACAUAUCUACAGUGGCUGCAAGGCCCCUCUGUAUCUUUCUGGAACUGAGCCUCCUGUGGAAAGAGGGCCAAGCCUCUUCUGUCUCCAGCUGGUCUUGUUAAGCUGAGUAUUGUGGCCUUAAUGUGGAAGUGCGCAUGAACCAGCUGAAGGUCAAUGUUCAAACUGUCCCCAAUUCUCAUAGUUGGGAAUGCUGGCCUUAGGGUCUUCACCUGCAGAUCCCCCCUCCCUUUCUUUUCUUUCUUGGUCAGCUUUCCUUUGCAGAAAACCCUUUCUUCUGCAACCAAUAAAUGCCUUGUGCCAACUCCA